AUGCGUGAAAGUCACUAUGGUUCCGUAAAGAAUACCCCGGACGCAUGCCACAAUAUCUCGUCUCCUACGGUGCGCUUCCACAGUCCGAAGACGCGUGAGGCCAUCCAACCCAAGGCGGUACUGUCCACUCUGACGCUCUUCGGUGUGAUGUACGUCUCCACGAUUAGUGGGUGUUAUGGCAUGGAGAAUUCGGUUCGCUCUGGCGGACCGCUGCUAUCCAUUAUCUUUUUCCUUUUAAUCCCCCUUGUGUGGGGUGUUCCAGUCUCGAUUUGUGUGGCUGAGCUCUCCUGCGCCAUCCCAUCCAACGCGGGACCUGUGAUGUGGGUGAACUGCGCGUUCCAACCCUGGGUUACCUUCACGACGAUUCUAUGGACAACCUUUCUUAGUACGGUGGAUAACAGCUUAUAUCCGGAGAUCCUCGCGGAUUACUGUGCGAUGCUGUUUGACAUCGACUCCGUGACGAAGACGUGGGUAAAGAUUGGUUUCCUAUCUCUGUGUAUGGUCGUCAACAUAGUCGGGUUUAGACUCCUGGGGCCUCUUAGUGUUUUUAUCGUCAUCAUCACGCUUGUCCCGUUUGUUCUCAUGUUCGCCUUGCAGCUCCCGCACGGCCUGAAUUGGGAGCGCAUCGGCUAUGUACCUGAGACGAUCAAUUGGGCCCUCUUCCUGCCAGUCGUCGCGUGGAAUUUUUCCGGCUUCGAGGCGGUGGGAAACGUCAUCGAGGAGGUGAAGAAUCCAAAGUCGGCGUACAUCCGUGCGCUGGUCCUAAUGAUCUUAGCCUCUUUUCUCACCUACAUUCCUCCUAUUCUAGCCGGGGCGAGCGUUCAAGGGCUCGAAAAAGUUCCCUUUGAAAAUUGGGAUAACGGCUUCUGGGUGAAGGUCGGGGCCGCCGUUGGCGGAACCCCGCUGGCCGCCACGGUGCUCAUUGGUGGUGCCAUGUCGAUGUUUGGCCUGAUGACAACGCUUAUAGCGACCACAUCCCGGGCUCUAACCGGUAUAGCCGCAAUCAAUGCUUUUCCCACCUUUAUUUCAAAUUGGCUUCAGAAAUAUUCCAUGACGUUUAACGCCCAUGUAAACGCUAUCGUUUUGAACACGAUGUUAACCGGUACUCUUUCAAUCUUCUUUAGCUUCCAGACAUUAGUGCAAAUCGAUCAGGUACUCUACGCCUUGCGACUUAUCACCAUCUUGCUUACUUUUCUCAAACUGCGCAUUUCCCAGCCCCUACUCGAGAGGCCCUACCGUGCACCGGGUGGGAAGUUUGCGGCCUGUCUAUGGGCUGGGGUCCCUAUCUGCUUUAGUCUCUUUCUGGUCGUCAUGACGGUGGGAGUAAGUCCUUUUAUAUUUUAUACUAGUGCUCUAUUAAUCUUCGGGUCGAUCCUGAUAUCAGUCGUGAUCGUGAAUUUUUUCAAGUGCGAUGGGUUUGAAGGGUCACUUGUGGAGGCGUAUGAAGAUCCUGAUAUUCAAGCCUAUGAGUCUUUUCUGGGGAUUGAGUCGGAGCAGUGGCGAAAGCAUCAUUCGACCAGUAUCUUUAUUGAGCAUCCAAACCAAAUUUGCCUUGAGCGCUUUGUAAACAUAAUAUAGAUACUGGUUUGUGUAUAUAUAGAUUGAAAUAAAUGCUUAAGGUGUGCAGAUUUCAUAUAAUAGGCAUGCCAAAAUAUGUUAAAGUAAUUUUAGGAUUAGGAAGACACUAGAUAAAUUGGAUUAUAUACACAUUAUUUUUGCAAAAUACAGCAAAUAUUUCAACCUUCACGUUAUUAUUCUUGCCCCACUAACAUUGUCCCUUACAAAUAAAUAUAUAAAUAUUCAUUACCAAAGGGAUUGAAGCUCCUCUAACGAUAAACUCAUCAAACCGGAUGUUUAAAACACCUAUCAACACUUAAUUUGCAUUAUUUGACUCUUCUAUAUACUACUAAAGAAAAAAAA